GACGCCGCGUGAGCGAUCAGUUCACAUUCACUUCAGGACGUUACAGCACCAGGAACCAUGCUUCUCCUGAGCGUGAUGAUCGUGAUGAUCGUGCUGCUCGCCGCGGCUGUGGAUCCAGCUCAGGGUCAAGAACUACAGAUCACAGGAUAUAGUGUCAUUUUGACCUGCUCUGGAGGUGAAGAUGGUGGAGUAACGUGGAAGAAAGACGACAAAGCAAUUGAUAAAGAAAAUAAGAUGAUGUACGAAGUCUCAGCUGAACAGGGAAUAGUAAAAGGAUCCUACUUCUGUGAAUAUAGUGAUGUAAAACACAUGUUCUACCUCAAAGUAAAAGUGUGUGAGAACUGCUAUGAGUUGAGUGGUACGGUGGCGUGGGGCGUUAUAUUCGGAGAUUUACUGAUCACAGGACUAGUUAUUCUCUGCGUCUACACCUGUGCUGCCAGAAACAGCGACGGCACACAGAAGAAAGCAUCAAAUCCCCGAUCAGUAAACCCUCCUCGACCUCCAAACCCGGACUAUGAGGCUCUGGAUCCAAAGAUGCGCAGCAGCAAUGCUCUGUACGCAGGCCUCAAUAAAUAGAUGCUGUUCUGACGUCCGGAUUACUGUAAAUCAAACGCCGCUGAUUCAUAAUGCUUCUUAAACAUUUCUUCCACUGUACAGCUUUAUAUAUUAGUGAUGCUGAUGUGAGUUUUAUGAGACUGUGACUCACGGAUCAGUGUUUUGUUUUAUACGGUAACUCUGUGUGUGUGUGUGUGUGUGUGUGUGUGUGUGGAAAGUUCAGCUCAUGAAACAUCGGAAACUCAUGAUGGAAACAGCAUCUGUGCUUUCUGCUGAGAUUGUGUCAUUUCACUCUUUUGUGUUCAGAAUCUUGUUAUUUACACAGUUUUCAUGUUCCAAGUGUCUCAUUUUACAAGAAUGAUUCAUUUUAGACUUAGAAAAUAACACGAGUGCACAAAUACACUGUAAAAAGUGAUAAGUUGACUUAACUUUAAAAAAAUUGAGGAAACCCGUUGCCUUAAAAUUAUUAAGUAAAUAAUAAUUUUAAAAAAUAAGUUAAGUGAAUUGUCAAGUUCAAUUAACUUUUUUAAAUUUGUAUUAUUAUUUACUUAACUUAAAUUUUUUUUAGGAAACCCGUUGGCUUAAAAUUAUUAAGACAACUUAUCACUUUUUACAGCAUUAGUUUAUAUAAUUUAUAACUCAUCAAGAACUAAACCAUUUAUUAAUGAUUACUGCAUCAGCAACUAAUGAGCAUUCUAUAUGAUUCAUAGAUUAAGUAAUCAAUAAAUUGUUAUUAGUUAAAUGUGUCAUAAUGUAUAGUUCCUUAAUAACAUAUUAUAUUAACUAAUAGUGUAAAUUUAUGUGUUAAUUACCACAUUGGGUCAAAACUAUGUACUUCAACUUGCAGUUGUCUGCUUUAAUUAAUCAAUAGCUAAUGAUUUGCAAAGAUAUCAUUGUGUUAUGACUUUACUUGCUGAGGCACAGAACUAUUAACUACUUCAAAAUCCAUAACCGCAAUGACACAAUUACUUAACAAUUAUUUAAUAGUUCUGUGGUAAUUAACACAUGAAUUUACAAUAUUAGUUAAUAUAAUAUGUUAUUAGGGAAUUAAUACAUUAUGACACAUUUCACUAAUAACAAUUUAUUGAUUACUUAAUCUAUGUAUCAUAUAGAAUGUACAUUUGUUGCUGAUGCAGUAAUUAUUAAUAAAUGGUUUAUUUCUUCAUGAGUUAUACACUAACUCGUGAUUAUCUGUGCACUAGUUAAGCAUGAAUUAAUGCAUAUUAGUGCCACCGUAUUGUAAAGUGUUACCAGAUUAGUCAAAUCAACAGCUGAACGAACCAAAUUGAGGUUUUAAUGAUGCAACUGCUGCACUGAGAAAAGAAACAUGAAAAAUAAAGUAGAUUUUGUUAAAAUUGA